UGUAUUUUGGAUCAUAUGGCAUCAGCUACUCCUUCACCUCUUGCCAGUUCUGUAGAGAAGACAAAUGGAGCCAAGCUCAGCCGACUUCUCAUCGAUGGUGGAACAACAGUUCUCAGGAACGUUUUCAAUGGAUAUCAUCCCCCAGCAAGUCUUUCAGCCGCGUUGAAUGCAAACUAUUCAACUCUGAAUGCCCUCUUAAAGAAACGAAUUUUACACAGAUCACAAUGGGAUCUAUUGUUUCCUCCAAGCGGUGCUCCUCCAGACUCCCAGACAUUUGAUAUCACUCUUUUAUUCCUUCUCUUAACCAACAUUUGUGGUCUCUUCCCACCCCACUCAGGGUGGCACACCAAACCACUUUUAAGUGACAACUCCCUUGAAGCAAAUCUUGCUCGCAUAAAGUUUUACCGCAAUGAAUUGUAUGGCCAUGUUACCACAACUGGUAUUGCUGGUCCAACUUUCUCAACUCUGUGGCAGGAGAUAAGUGCUGUUCUUGUUGCUCUUGGCUUGCGGCGGACAGAAAUUGAUAGAUUGAAGGCUGAGCAUUGUGGAGAGCAAGAGUUCUUAGAUGCGUUGCUUGAGUGGGCUGAUUCUGAGGAAGAUAUAAAAUCACAGCUGAAGGACAUACGGGAUAUUGAGACCCAAGUGCUGCAAACUGUUGAUGAAGUACGGCAGAUUCAGUCAUUUGAUCACGAAACUAUUCGUGAAAGUAAAGCAAAGCUGGUAGAAGUUCAUCAAUUGCAAAAGAACUUGCAAGAAUCUGUCAGUAUUGUGCAUCAGAAUCGACUUCAAGACAGUAAAACCAUUCAAGAUACCAAGUUAACAGUUGAAAAAGUCUGCGAGAAGCUUCAAACUUUGGAGGAGGCAUCCCAGCACACCAUUCAAAAUUUGAAUGACGAGAAUGAGAGCAUCAGGGAUGACAAAGUUCUUGCGAAACUAGCAAAGGUGGACAAUUUAGCUGAAAUAAGACGCCAUGCAAGCAGAUAUGUUGAGGGAACUCGUUUAUCGAUUCUUAAAGAAGUCGAGAGCUGGUUAGCUAACAAAAGUUCUCCAAAUAGAGUGAUUAUUAUUAGCGGGAAUGCUGGAAUGGGAAAGUCUGUAAUCUCAGCUGUCUUGUGCCAAAAGAUGUUAGAGGCUGGACGAUUGUCAGGGAGCCACUUCUGUCGGCAUAACAUGGCACGCCGAAGGAAUCGCAAAGUGAUGCUGCAGUCGUUGGCCUGUCAGCUCUCCGAAUCGCUGCCAGAGUACAGGAAGGCUCUCGUGAAGAAGUUGUCGAGAAAUGUGGGCGUUGAAAUUGGAGACAUGGAAGUGGAAGAACUGUUUGAAUUCUUGUUUAACGAACCUCUUUCAGAUUUGAAAGACCCAGGCUCUAUCCAUCUCAUGGUUAUAGAUGGCUUAGACGAAAGUGAAUACCAGGGACGUAAUGAGCUUUUAAAUGUGAUUGCGGAUUACUUCAAGACGCUUCCGUGUUGGAUACGAUUUGUGGUAACAACGCGACCUGAAAUGAACAUCUUAGAGAAGAUUCAAGACUUAAAUCCCAUACAGCUUAACCCAAACGAUCAAGAAAACUUGAUGGACGUUAGGCUUUGCUUUCAAGAGCAACUGGAACAUGUUCUGCAAUCUGAUUGCCAAGAUACCAUCUUAGAGAAGCUUGUUGAAAAGUCAGAAGGAGUCAUGUUAUAUACCUAUUACCUGACAGAGUUCAUUAAGAAGAAUGCUGUACGUAUGAAUGCUGCUGAAGUGAUCAACAGCGACUUGCCAUCAGGUAUUUCGUCCGUUUAUCAAGACUACUUCAAACGCCUGAAAAAGGAAAUGCAGAAAGAACUAGGUAUCACCGAAGAGCAAUUCUUUGAUUUUUUAAAUGCCAUGGUGGCAGCAAGAGAACCAUUACCUGUCGAGUUUGUCUACAAAUUGUUCCUUUCAAAAGAAUGGUCAUCGGCUGAUGAGCAAAAAGUACGAGACGCAGUUGAUUGUAUCUCGGCUCUUCUACCCAUUGAGGGCGAGUGCAUUGACUUCUUUCACAAGUCAGUCAAGGACUGGUUGGUCGAGGAGUCUACUUCGAGGCAAAAGAAGUUUAUUGUUAGCGGAAAAGAAUGUCAUCGCGUCAUUGCAAAACUUUGCAGAGAUGAACUAGAUGAAUUGAAACUUAAAGGGAUCCAGAGUUCAACACUGAAACAGACGUCGAGGUAUGCCUUGCAGCAUGGUGUUCAGCAUAUACUUGAGGUAGAAGAGAAUGCUCGUCCAUGUAGCCUGGACGACAUUGUAAAGAAUUAUGUUUUGGACCUAGAAUUGGUCUAUGCAAAGCUAACUGUGAAGAGUACAGCAGCCACUGAAGAUGUUCUUUGCGUACAAGAGAAGGAAAAUACAAAUGGUUUGUCAAAGAAUUGCAGAGAAGCUCUGGAGACGUUAUUGUUGCUGUUGCGGAAGCAUUUAAGUACUCUUUCAAAACUUCCUCAUGCCAUCUUUCAAAUCUUGUUGAAUGAAGGAGGACGUGAACUGUCUGCGGAGGCAUUAAGCUUGCUAAACACCAAGUAUGCGGACUUACCAUACAUGGAAUAUUUGCGAAAGAAGGAGGAAAGAACAGAUGUUCUACUGCGGUUUUUUGCCUCAGAUAAUGUGAUCUGCUUUGAUGUCUCACCAAAUCAGGACUACCUGGUAUGCGAGUGUUCGAAUGACACAAUUCAUCUGUGGUCGCUCCGUACUGGCCAGCUAAUGUGGACACGUUCUACGCUGGUAUCAAACAAUGAUUUUCAGGAGCACCUAGGGAUUGCAUGGGAUUUCCUUUCCCCAUUUCACCGGUCAGUAGUUUUCCAUCCAACCUUAGACCUGAUCUUACAAGGGACUCUGUGUCAGGGUUAUACCUUGGUCGGAGACGUGAAACCUCUUUUCCGUUCGAGCGAGUGCCGAUUCUUAGUUUGUUCAAUAUCUGGCGACGAAAGCACGAUGCUGACUGACUGUCUGGACGGGAAUUGCGUCAUCCAGUGGAGUCUAAAAGAUGGAAGUGAAAUUAGUCGUUUUACACACGAAUGCGAAAUUGUAUCUUUUGCUUGGUCUGCUAGUGGAAGACGGAUGGUGAUCGUCGAUUCUGACAAGUGCGUAUACCUCAUUGACAUGAAUGAUGGAUUUGAGACUCUAAUAUGUGCUUCAGCUUCACGAUAUGUUAAGUUAACUCCUGACUGCCGGUUUUUUUUCUGUUUGGUUUCGGAUGACGAUGAACACGUUUGGUGUCUGGUGCCCAAGCUUUUUUGUUUAGAUAUUGACAGGAACACUAAGUCAAUAUAUAGUUUGGAUUGCUUUUUUACGACGAGGUCCUACCAGUACGCCUCAGAGUUUGAAACUUGCAAUGAGAGUGGUUUCUUAUCAGGAGAUCCCUUUUGGUGUUCAUCUAUAAGAUCAUUCCUUUCUGUGGAUUUUGCACUUGUACUAAAAAAGCAGAUGUUACUAAGAGUUUCCCCUUACAGUAAAAUGAUUGAAAUGUGUCGCCUUAAUGACGUAAGGGAGUGGAGAGGUGAGAGUAGCGAUGAAGCGGGACUAAGCAUAGAACCCGUUGACAUUACGACAGAGAGAGCCGAAAAUAACGAUCUAACGGAACAUAACCUACUAGAAAUCAACGAUAUGCUGGAACAGAAAGCUGGAUUCGAUGUUCUGUCAGGACAGAGAGCUGAAGUUGCUGAUCCAUCAGAACAGAGAGCUGAACUCGGUGGCCAAGUUGAACAGACAAUGGAACGUAACAACUCUACGGAAAAGAGAGAUGAACUUGAUGACUUUGUGGGAGAACGAACGGCAUUUAAUGACCCACCAGAAAAGAGGCUCAAACUCGAUGAACUGUCAGGACGAUUGGAAAUUGAUUUAUGCAGCUUAUCAGAGAAUGGAGCUGAUUCUUAUUCUAACGGGG